GGGGGGUCUUGCACCCGACGCGCCUCUGCCAGCACAUCUGCACGAGCCAAUCGGAACUCGCUAAAAUCGCCGCUAGAGUGCUGCCGAAUUUCACAGGAGAGUCCUCGCGCUCGCAGCAAGAUUGGCAGCGCGCAGCGGGCAGUGUCGUGUGGGCAGCAGUCUAUAUCCACUUCAUCAGCGCACGGAGAUACCAGAGUACCAACCUCGCUGUGGCUGAGAUCGAAGAGAAGUCUUUCUGAUGGCCAGACGCUCCUGGGUUGACGCGCAGACGUAUUGACACUUUCAAGCGGUCCAAAAUGCGAUGGUUUUGCUGAAGUAUUUUGGGGAUAUCGCUUUGAGGGGACUUUUGCCUUUUUUAACAAUCCUUUAGGCUACCAGCAGUUCAUUUUAUUUUGUGGUUUCUUAUGUGAUCAAACAGAGGCGUUUUUGGAUGAUAUGCCGUAAUAAGUUUUAUGUGCCGCUUUGUUGUUUCUUUCACAUGGACAUUUGAAUUCAGUGUACAUUUCCCACCUCAGACUGCUUUGUCUCCGCGCGUCCAGGGGAAGCAAUAGGUCGGCGGCGCGUGUGAGUGGAUGUGGGUGGUGGGCUCCUGAGUCCGCGGGUCGAUAAGGAAGAGAUCGGAACGGGCAGACGCUCUAUCCAAGUCCUGAUCCCCGAUCGCGGCAGCCUCAGCACCACGAGCCUUGAGUCACUGACGCGCUGAGAAAAGGCGGAAUGUUCCUUCUCGGAAUUCUCCUCAGCUUCUUCUCACCAGGCGUGCACUGCUCCUCGACUGGAGGACUGGACUGUCUGGAAGCCCGGCGGUCCUGUCAGGAGCAGCGGCAGUGUCGCACGCUGCUCGAGCACCUGGACCUCUGCCUGGAGAGAAGCGCCGAUGGCCGCCUGGACCCCGAGGCCCGGCAGGGCUGCCUGCAGACGCAGAGCUCCCUGCUCCAGGUGAAGCGUCACCUGCUGCACUGCCGCUGUCAGCGCGGCUCACGCAAGGAGGAGCGCUGCAUCAAGGCCUACUGGGCCUUCAGGUUCCCACAAGGUUAUGAUGACAUUGAGUCAUCCCCAUAUGAGGACAUGGAAGAAGAGCUACGGAGGAGUUUGGACACGCUCAGGAUAAACUCCUUAGUGGCAGCCUCCUCUCCCUCUCUGGAUGGGCAGAACCAGUGUCUGAAGGCGGCUCAGUACUGUGGCAUGUUUGAGAAGUGCGGCGCCCUGCGCUCCGAGUACGCCGCCGCCUGCACCAAGCCCGCCGCCGAGGGCAUCGACCGCUGCAACCGGCAGAAGUGCCACCGGGCGCUGCGGCGCUUCCUGGAGCGGGUGCCCGAGGACUACAGCCUGCCCGUGCUCUUCUGCCCGUGCUCAGACCCGCUGUGCGGCGAGCGCCGGCGCAAGACCAUCGUGCCGUCCUGCUCCUACGAGGACCACGAGUACGACCGCCCGCCCAACUGCCUCCACCUGAAGGGGCUGUGCACGACGGACAACUUGUGCAGGGCCAGGUUGGCAGAUUUUCAGCACCACUGCCAGCCCUCCCUCUACUCCUCAUCAGGCUGUGCCAGAGAGAGCAGAGCCAUGUGCCUCAAAGCCUACACAGGACUGAUCGGCACGGUUAUGACCCCCAACUACGUGCAGAAUAGCAGUAUGGAUGUGUCUCUGUGGUGCAACUGUGAGGGCAGUGGAAACCACUGGCAGGACUGUCAACACCUUCAGCACCUGUUCACUGAUAACACCUGCCUGAGUAACGCCAUAACCACCAUGGGCAGCUUCCUGUCACAUCCAGAGGAGGGAGUGGCCCCUCCCCCUCCUGCGCCGUCCCAGAUCACACAGCACCAUCAACUCAACGUCAACCUGCAGUCUGCACUCAAUUCUGUGGAGACUAGUGAGGAGGAGGAAGAGGAGGAGAAAGAAGAGCAGGAGGCUGUUAAAGACGAGGAAGAGAUAGUGGAACGGUUCCACGUCAUCCCGCCGUACUCCGAGAAGGCCACCGUGUCCAACCUGAACUCAGCGGGCCGCGGCGUCCACAGCGUGCUCAGCCUGCGGCGCCCCCUGCUGGCUCCAGCACUGCCCCUCCUGCUCCUGCUCAGCUUCCUGUUCAUACUCACGCUGGCCUGUCCUUUCACCUAGGGGUGACACUGAACCCCCUUCACGCCCCCCCCCCUCCCAUAUACACACGACUAGACUCACCCUGAGACAGACGGAGAGGGGAGGGGGGGCGGUGUGGAGAGGACUGAGAGAGAGAGAGAGAGAGAGAGUAGCAUUGAGUUUUUUUAAGAGGAAGAGAGGAUAGAGCGAGUGGAUUGAAAAAAGAGUUGGCCCAGACAAAAGAGUUUUCACCCCCCUCUCUCCCUCACUCUGCCUCUAUUCAUGGGGUUGCGGUGUGUGUGUGUGUGUGUGUGUGAAAGUCACUCUGCCUCUAUUCAUGGGGUUGCGAUUGCCUUGUACAGUCUGUUACCAUAGCUGCUCUUUCUCCUUGGCUCUUGCCCCGGCUCAGCCAAUCAGGUGUGAGAAUGGGGCCAGCACGGCAUUGGGAGCCAACGGCGUUGUGCGGCUGGUCCAUGACCCCACCUCCCACUCUUAAGCUCCGCCCUGAAGUGUGUGUUGCUGGGCAACGCCCCGGGUCCCAGCUGGUGUCAUGUACAUGCGUGGAUAUGAAUGACUUUAACCCAAACGCUACAAACGCCUACGCACUUCCUUCAUGUACCAUUUUACGUUAUGAGUCAUUGUUAUUAUAAUUAUUAAUAGAGUUAUGUUAUUAUUAUCUGUGUACUAAAACUGCUAUGAGUUCAAA